UCUCGUUCCCCAAAUCCUCUCACUCCUCACUCCCGUGCCGUCCGCCCGUAGAUUCCAGAUCGGCGGCGGGAUGGCCGGCGGCGCGGCGGACGGGCGACAGAUCCGCGUGGGUCCGGCCGUCCUCGAGCACCAGCCCGAGUCCCCUCCUCGUCCGCUGCCGCGGCCGCAUGGCGCCCGGGAAGUUUCCUCGCCGCCGAUCCCAGAAGAGCUCCUGCUGGACAUCUUCCGCCGCAUUCCCGACCCGGCCGACCUCGUCCUCACCUCCGCCGCCUGCGUCACAUUCCAUCGCCUCAUCGCCGACCGCUCCUUCCUCCGGCAGUACCGCAAGAUCCACGCCCCGCCCCUCCUCGGCUUCCUCCAGUACGGAGACAAUGUCUUCCACCCCGCGGUCCCGCAUCACCCCUCCGCGCCGGCAGCUCGGGCCGUCGCCCUCGCCGGCGACUUCUCCUUCUCAUUCGUCCCCGCCCCUGACCCCGCUCACCGCUGGGUCGUCCGGGACAGCCGAGACGGCCGCGUCCUUCUUGAAGCAAGCCCCCGGGAAGGUUAUAGUGCCCGUGGAGUCGUCUUCACAGAGUUGGCGGUGUGCGACCCGUUGCACCGGCAGUAUCUCCUCCUUCCCCCAAUCCCCGGCGACCUAGCAGCUACCGUGGAAGACCCACUCAUGCGAAUACGGCCGCAUUUCAGCGAGACUUUCCUCGCUCCGCAAGGCGACGGCAAUGAGGUGUCAACUGCUGAAGAGACGUCAUUCAGAGUGAUCUGGAUGGUCCAGUGCGAAGCUAAGGUCAUAGGCUUUGUCUUCUCUUCCAGCACCAGGCAAUGGCGAGCCAUUCCAUCCCAGAGUUGGGCCAAUUUGUUAGCUGGCUUCGUGUCAUCCACUGGGAUGGCACUCUUCUACGGGCACCAAUGUACGUGUGACUACUUUUACUGGCUGCCAAACUGUCAGUACGAUUUGAAAAUGUUGGUGCUCGACACCCUGAGGAUGGAGUUCUCCGGUGAUGAACCCCCAACUGAAGCCAAAAAUGCGUUAUUUCUUGGUAUAACCAUGAUGGAGACAGGAGAAGGCGGUCCUAGAAUGCUUGCUGGUACCUAUGACAUGACUUGCGGCAAUCAUACCCUUUGGAGGAAAAAUGGUGAGAGCACCAGCCAGUGGCAGAAGGAGAAGAUGGUCUCACUCUCACCGGGCCCUCGGGAUGUGCUGAGAUGUUCAAUUGGGAAUGAUUUGGUCCUGGAUCACUUUGGAAGCUCGUCGCCUGAGAAAGGCUUAUACACAGUGGACAUCGAAACAUUACAGCUUAAGAGAGUGUGUGCUUCAGUGCAUGGCAGCGCAUAUUGCAACUACCCACCAUCGUUGUCGGCACCGAAAGUAUCGAGUGAUGUGGAGGAAGUGCUCGAACAAGGUGUGGAGGCCCUACAAGCUAAAGGGGCUGUAGAAUUGCCAUCAAGCUGGAGGUCAAGCUGAUGUGUUGGGGGUUGGAGAUGGUGCCGAUUAAGGUUGUGCUGCAACUUGACCUGGAGUUUAUCUGACAAUUGUGGUGUAUCUGCUGCAUAAGUUGGCGAGAGCAUUAUCAAUGUUUAGUUUCUGUGCAAUCAGUUAGCUAGUUAAUUAGGACUCUGUAUUAAGUAAAAGUGACUGUGAUCUACUGAUGUUGUUGUAUGCCUGCAAGUUCAAGUGUGUGGAAUGACACUGGUCAGGUAUUGGAAUUGAAUAAGAAGCCAAGACGUGUCAUUGGAGAUCAGAUAUUUGAGACUGGUCAAUCAAUUUCUUCCUGCACAUGCGUAUGAGAGGAGGUUGGCUAUGGCAUUAAAAGAAUACUGCUGCUAAUGCGAUUGUUUGUGGUCAGGCUGGUGUGGCUAUGUCAUUACAAUUCUGUCCGCUUGCAGGAGGUUGGCUAUAGUACUUCCUAUUUGAAUACACUUUUAAUUUUGGGAUAUUGCACUGGUAUUGAAGAAGGAGCGGCUGGAACAAGUUUGUGCUUCAUGCUCAAGCGCAGUCACCACGGUCAGAGUAGUGCUGAUGUCGAUGGUGCAGAUCGGGCAGGGUUGAUGAUUAGAGAUGUUGGUGAUGCAACUUGAGAAUUAACCACCAAGUUGGUAGCAAGAGCAUUAGCGGCGUUUUAGUUUCUCAAUACGUUAAUGGAGAGUAUGAACCAGUCAGUGCGAUUCUGAUCCUGUUGUAUGCCUGCAAGCCUGUACCUGCUCAACUAAGUUGGUGAGGGGUACUACUGUCCUUUUGGCUCUGUAAUACUGUCAUCUAGACUGACAGUAUUUGGAGUUUGUUUUGUUUACCAUAACACGGAAGUUAUUGGGUCGUUUGUUCGUUGGAUUAGGUAGCGAGAGCAUUAACGGUGUAAGCAACGGACAGGAUGGAAUCUUGUGUGAUGUUGGACACCAGCUUCUCCAUUGGUAUAUCCGCGUCAAGGCCCUUGGACUGUGGCGGCUCUCUUUCUUGUUCCCCCUUGCCCCUCCACGCCGGCAGCCAGAGCCGUCGCCCUCGCCGGCGACUUCUCCUUCUCCUUCGUCCCCGCCCCUGCCGACGCUGGCCGCUGGGCUGUCCGGGACAUUCCCGACCAGAGCUGUCAUUCAGAGUGAUCUGGAUGGUGGAGUGCGGAUUUAAGCUCGUUACCUUUGUCUUCUCUUGCAGCACUAGACAAUGGCGAGCCAUAUCCCAGAGUUGGACCAAUUUGUUCGAUGGUUUGCUAUCAUCCACCGGCAGUAUGCGUGUGGCUGCUUUUACUGUCUGCCAAACUGGCAGUGGCAGCACAAAUCGAAAAUGUUGGUGCUCGACACCUGGAUGAUGGAGUUCUCCAUUGCUGAACCCCCAUCCGAAGCCAAAAAUUCAUCCAGCACCUGUAUAACUAUAUUUGAAUCAGGAGAAGGCAGGCCUAGAAUGCUUGUUAGGGGGCCUGACAUAUCUAGCCGCAGUUAUACCAUUUGUAGGAAAAAUGGUGGGAGCUCCAGCCAGUGGCAGAAGGAGAAGAUGAUCUCACUCCCGCUGAUCUCUUGGGACAUGCUCAGAUGUGCAAAGGGGACGUACUUCCUCCUGGAUCAUCGCGGAAGCUCAUCGUUUGAGCAAGGCAGAUUCACAGUGGACAUCGAAACUUUACAGCUCAAGAGAUUGUGUGCUUCGACGGUGCAUGGCCACACAUAUAGCAACUACCCACCGUCGUUCUCAUCACCGAAAGUAUCAAGUGGUAAAUUUUCUGUUGCUUCGUAGUUAUUCCCUGACAUUCAUUGUUAUCCCACAGCUUUGUCUGAUUCUUGAUAGUUAGUUAUUGUGACCUCUUUUUUAUUUACACAUUUCAUAGUUGUUAGUACUUCUGUGCCUGUUGCAAAGAUGAUGAAGAUUCAUGAACAUGAUUGUGAUUUAUUAACUAGUCUGUUCUAAAUGGUACUUUAUGGUAAUCAGAUAAGUAAGAGUGGAUCUUGAACACUAUGAGUACCAUUUUAGGGGCAUUGUGGAUUUGUACAGUACACCAUAUCAAAACAAAUAUUUUGGAGAAAUAGCGUUUUUUGGUCAAGCUAAUGGAGAAGGACUACAACUUUGCAAUUAUGUUCAUCCCUGGAAACAUUUUUUCCUGGUAGCAGGAGUUGGUUUAUCUCAGUGUGUUGGCUUCAGAUAAGAUAUAAGGAGGCAUAGCUGGUAUGUUUGCAAAUAAAAAGUCAAUCAAUUGCUACUACUAAUGCAUUGCUGUGUAUAUUGUGAGGAUAAUUGAAGUGUUGAGCAUGAUUAAUUUCUGAAUGGAGCACUAUUUGAUUUGAAAUAAGCUUCUCGAGAUAAAUUAGAGGCAGGUGUUUGUACAUCGUUUGAAAUUUUGAACUUCUCACCAUCCUUCAAGGCACUGCCGAAUGCAGGUAGUUUGUUUUACUUGACUUGACUUGACUUGACUUGGAAAGUUGGUAUAAUAUUAGGUAAUUUAUGAAGUCCUGCAACAUGAACCUAUCCUUUCUUUUGUGACUUUUAAGUUCCUGUAUGAUUCAUUUCUGAAUGACCGCGCAUAUGUUUUUACCCUUGUACUGCAAAUUAGGAAGCUAAACAAACAAAAGUGAGUGUUCGAGGUCGAUAUUAGUAACUGAACCAUGGGGGAAAGAAUUCUGAAGGUUUAUUUUCCAUGGAUCAUGUUUCACGUUUGUUUUAAGCCCUAGCAUUUUAUCACAUCUAUUCUGCUAGUUUCUUUAUGUGUUCUCUUCAAGCGAUUUGCCAAGUGUACCCAUUAUCGAGAGCUGCUGUAAACAAACAAGCUUCUGAAUAUAUAUACAUUUUGGUUGUGCAUAAUUUUGAGAUAUUGGACAGAUAUUGAGGAGGAGGUGCUGGAACAAGGCGUUGAGGCCCUCCAAGCUGAAGGGCCCGUGGAUGGCCAUCAUAGAUGAGAGUACUGCUGGUAAGGCGGAUGUUGGAUGUCAAGCUGAUGAGUUGAGGGUUCGAGAUGGUGCCUAUUAAGGCUUGUGCUGCAACUUGAAAAUAGACUUGUGGUAUGGUCAUCUAUAUUUGACCUGGAGUUUUAUCUGACAAUGGUGGUGUAUCUGCCGCAAAAGUUGGCGAGAGCAUCAUCGAUGUUUAGUUUCUGUGCAAUCAAAUAGCAAGUUAAUUAAGACUCUGUAUUAAGUCAAAGUGAUUGUGAUCUACUGAUGUUGUAUGCCUGCAAGUACAAGUGUGUAUGUUAUGACACUAGUCAGGUAGUAUUUGGAAUUGAGGAGAAAAGUUGAUGUGUGUACAAAGGCAGUGACUUGCAAGGUUAUUUAUCUGCUCUGUUGUGCAAAUUGUUCUGCAUUCCUGGACUGCUGGACAUUGAAUGAACAGAGCUAGAAGUAGAGCAGCGAAGAGCUGGGCUGGGCUGGGCUGGACUGGCUACAUGGUUAUGGUUUACUGCUUGAUAAACACAAGAAUUGUUGGCAGGCAACUACGGGAUUCCCGGGAAUGUUAGUCACCUUGCUCUGUGCUGUGACAGGUUAUGUUAAUUUAACUUUUCUAGCAGGAUAAACCACCGGAAGUUCGAAAGAAAACUGCUGAUGAUGCCAGUGUUGGUUGUCAGGCCAUUGGUAACCACAGGUUGGUCAUCAAAAGGGUACCUUUGGCUCGGUGUGGUCCGUAAUAUGGUCAUCCAGAACAAAAUGGAGUUUAUCUUAUGUGCCUUGAUCUGACUAUGGUUGGCGAAAGCAUUAACAUUUUGUUUCUGUGCUACCAGCAUGCUAAUCAAGACUGGCAGCACCUCAACUUCAAGUUUUUGUUGGCAGUGGCACUUCCAGUAGGCAAAUGAUCACCAUCCUUACAAGUCUUCAAGACAGUUUGAUUCCUGUCACAAAAAGGAAAAAUAUUCUCAGUUUUAUGUUUCACUAGUCUCAAGUAUGUGUUUUCGUUCAUGCAAGUUGUUGCAAUUCUGUCCACUUGCGGAAGGUUGGCUAUGGCAUU